GCGGAUGUUAUUAUUUCUUCUGCAAUAUUUUUGCUACUAACGUAUGCGAUAAUAUAAAUGAUAUUACAUACGUUUUCAGCCUUUUAUCUAAUACAAGUAAUCGAAAUAAACUAUGUUCUAAAUAUGUUAUUAGGCACAUUGCGUCCUUUAUGUCUCGCGCACAGCCUCGAGAAAAGCCCUGUCGCUUAGGCUGUUUUUGUCAAUCUAAAGCUUUUGCGCUAUUGUUUUAUAAUCAUGUGAAAAUACUGCCUUGGUAUCAGCGUGCACCUAUAAGAUAGAGUAAGUGACAUCGAUGCACCGCCGUUAUACAUAGUUGAGCGCGAUUUAUGUUUUUCUAAGCUAGCUAGCUCUUCUCUUGACCUUUUUUUGCAAUGUGAAAAUUUGUACUUACCCAGAGCCGCCCAGACCCCAGAGCGCAGCACUGUGAGAUAUCGCUGAUGGGUAUGGCAACAGUGUAUUGAGCUUAUCCACGAGAUCAGGACGAUGGAUGAGAUCCUUGUUGCGUGGAUAUGGGAUGAGACGAAUGGCGGCUCGGGCCGGUCGGUGGGUCAGAUGGAGAUUGAGUGUGGUAUCGUUGUGUCUCUGGUGUAUCCUGGUCUCAUCGUGAAAUUGAUUAUUUGUAAACUGGCUAUUUGCAGCCUCUUCAGGAGAGAUAGUUAGUUGUCCCCUUUUGUUGUCGAUGCCCUAUGUGAUGUGUGGUAGUAAGAGUGUUGAUUCUG